AUGCAUAUCUUGCUGGCGAGUCAUCAAGGAUACCUCGUAAUGGAACAGCCACGGGUCUACCCCAACAAAACUGUGCCGCGAGUCUACUCCGAACGGAAGGCCUACCUGUAUAACCAGUACACUCGCCUGUUCCAGUCGAGCUUCGAUACCCCGCUUGUCUUCCUACACCACAACGACUUCUCCAUUCCGCGUCUCAUUCAAUUGCGACGCCAGAUCACCGCGGCCGCAGCCAAGCACGCCAGCACACCCUCGCUUGCCGGGCCCUCGCCCGCGCCCGCGGCGGCCGCACCGACACUGACAAUCCUGCGGACGUCCAUUCUCGGCGUCGCGCUCCGGGACUUUGCACCUCUGGACAGGCAUGCCGCGAUGAACAUCGCGCAGCUCGUAGAGGGCGGGCUUGCCGUGCUCGCCUUCCCGUCCUUCGACCCGCCGCAGAUGCAGGCCAUCCUGCGCGCCCUCUCGCGCGCCGUGCCGCCCCGCAAGCGCCAGCGGCCGACGCCCGUGCCGGAGUUGCGCGUCGUGGGCGCGCUCGUCGAGGGCCGCGUGUUCGGGCCUGCGGGCGUGGGUGAGGUUACGCAGCUGCCGACGCUGGAGACGCUACGCGCGCAGCUGGUUGGGCUGCUGAGCGCGCCGGCGAUGCAGUUGGCGAUGGUUCUGGGCGAGGCAGGCGGGGCGAGACUGGCCAGGACGCUCGAGGGACUGAAGAAGAGCUUGGAGGAAGAUCAGGGGGGGGCGUCAUGA